AUGGCGCCCACAACACAAGGCUUCAAAACCUGCCCUUCUUCACACAAAGCCAAUGUGGACAUCGAGAUUCUGCCAAACCAUGAAAAGAAGAAUAAGUCAAACGCACGUAUAGAGAGCAGUUUCGAAACAUGGAAGGAGUCGAGGAUCGUGAGAACGUGGGAAACUGUAGAAAAAGAAAUCGUCAUGCACGAAAGAACGUGGUAG